AUGGGUAAUAACAGUCGGACGAGCAUCGGGCCGCUGCUGGUGGUGCUCGUCGUGUGCGGUGCAGUGGUACAGUGGUGCAGUGCCGCGACGGCGGUAGAAAGCCACCGGACCUCGGCCACCGUGCCGGAUCCGUCCGGUGAGCCGACCGGGUCCACCGCCGCGCCGCCGGUCGGAACCGACUCUCGGCUUUCGUCGUCGUCGACCAGCGUCGAUCCGAUUCGCCAGUCAUCCGUCGCAGAGCAGCCGCCGAGCGAACCGCCACCGGUGAAAGGCCCUGCAACGGCCCCGGUGACCAGCGUCGCGGAUCAACCGUUAAAAAAUGGCCGUGGAAAAUCCGGUGCCUCAGUGGUGGUCCCCGAGCCGGAGCUACCGCCGCAGCCUCAUUUGAAUGGUACGUCGUCGGGCACCUCGACGACCCCCGGCGGAACGUCAACAGCGGAGACGACGACAAUGGGCAAAGCGCGGAGGGUGACGAAUCGGGACAACAAGCUGAUGUCGGUGUUGCAAGCGCGCCGCACGGCCCUGUCCAGGGAUCGACCCUGGCGCAAGGAGUACCCGUCAGACGUCCGACACAGGCGGCCGGCAUCAUCGGUGCCGGCAUCGGACCCGGUGGCCGGCAAUCUGGUCGAGGACAGCAGCACGCCCGAGACGGCGAACCUGAUCGUGCCGGUCGGGCGUGGUAUGGGCGGGCCGGGGCCGGACGAGUUCCUCGACACGGACGAGUCGAUCCAUGGGAUGUACGUGGUGAACCCGCGCACCGGCAAGAUCGCCCUGCAGCAGACGGGCGCCAGCAUCAAGCUGGCCAAGGAGACGAACAACUUCAUCGGGCCAAUGCCGGCGUCCGAGACGACGAAACUUUCGUCCGCGGCGCCGGUGAAAGUGGUGACACCGCCGACACCGACACCAACGACGCUCUAUUCUGGCCGGGGCGUUGGGGCGGGUUACGGUGAGCUGAGGGGCAAACGGUUGCGCGAUCGCAAGACCUUUCCCCAGUCGACGGAGAAAUCGGUCGAGGACGGGGAUCUCCUGCCGUAUCAGUACUUUGGCCAGAAGCUAAUCCCGGGGCCGAAGGGUGUGCCGGAUGCACGGAAUCAGGUGAUCAACGCGCGCAGGACGCAGCUGAGUAAGUUGCGACCCGCCGAGGAUCCACCGGAGAUGGUCAUCGAGGUGGGGCCUCCAAAAGCGUCGACGGAGAAGAGCAAGUUCUGGUCCAAUCGCUACCAGACCCGCAAUGCAGUCGCACUGAAUCACUACCUGCGCAGGACGACCACCACAACUUCAACGGGACGGCCACCGGACGUCCACUCGGAUGUCCUGGCUAACUCCAUGCUAGCGCUCAGCAACCUGUCCGACAGUGAGGCCGAAGACGAGAAGCAAGUGUUCUCACGUAGCGCCAACUUUAGCUCCACACUCAACAAGACUGAACCGGUCUUGACGACGACCACAGUGGCCGAACCGACAACAACGAUCAAACUUCCGGUGGCUUCGGAGCUACCGAGCAAUCACAAGGCCGAGUCGGACGAGUAUCCCGCUCAGGGUCUGUUGUACGGGCCCUCAUCCGGUUCAUCCGGGUUGGCCGCGGGAAUCUCCAAGCUAAUCAUCAACUACCCGGACGAUGCGACGCCAGAAGAACUUUACCGGCCACCGAGUUCCUUUGAAACGCACGCCCAAACCGUGAACCUCCAGGAAGCGACGGAACAGCAGCCACCGCAGACGACGACGGUGGCCGUGGACGAGGAGGACGAAACGGCACGAACGUUGGUCUCGCUGCCGGACAUCAAUCAGAUCUUCCGGAACCUUUCCACACCGACGACGACCGAGAUGAUGGCCAGCACGACGACCACGACGGCGGGGCCACUUCCGACCACUAGCACCCCGAGUGCUCCUCCAAGAUCGCGACUCAACACCCGGGUUUACGUGCCGGUAAGUCGAUCCACGACGACCCGAUCGACGGUGGGUCCGGUACGUACUACGACUUCAACUACGACCGAACCCCAGCCGGUGCGGGAAGAAACGGAACCACCGACGACCUCCGUGCCGGAAUUGAGCGCGAGUCCAAUGGCUACGGAAGCGAGUACUUCAACGACCACCGGGCGGUACUCGAGACCAAAACCGACUCCGAAACCCACAACAACGACCUCGACCACGACGAAGGUGGCGGUCUUUACCGGGCUGCGUCCCCAUCCGCCGGACUCGGCCGAGAGCAACGAGACGGCCAUCGAGACGGCGGCUGGCUUCAAUCCGAUCCUGUCCCACAUCUUCCCAAAGCUGACCCUCGGGGUGAACCCGAGACCACCACCCCAAGAACCGGAGCUUGCCUUCACGUCACCGCCGCCAGCUCCGGACCACAGCUCCGGCACCCGGAAGCCGGCGGUCUCGUUCGAUGGGGUGCUCCUGCACCACAACAGCGACGUGGUGAUCGAGAUGCGCCGCAUGAACACGGCCACGUUCGUGCUGGCCGGGCUCGGGAUGCUGCCGAUCGUUAUCAUCGUACUGUACGUCAUCAAGGCGACGCUGCUCGCCCGAGAGAACAAGGUAUCGCACGACCUAGAACGCUACAUCCCGGACGGUCAACCACCGAUCAGUCCGGUGGUGAGGCUGGAACAAUCGGACACUUCGAGCGCGACCGAUGAAUCCAUCAUGACGGAACACGACUUUGCCCGGGGGAACCUACGCUUCAAGAGCCUGCUGGGUGAGGGAAACUUCGGGCAGGUGUGGAAAGCCGAGGCGGACGAUCUAGCGGGUCACCUCGGCACCACCCGGAUCGUGGCGGUCAAAACGGAACGGAGUGACAACGGACACGGUGAUCUGAAGGCGGAAGCGGAAAUUAUGCGCAAGCUCGGAUCGCACCCGAACGUGGUGACGCUGCUGGGGGCCUGCCUCGAACAGGAACCACAACUGCUGAUCAUGGAGUACGCCAUGCGAGGACGGCUGCUGUCCCUGCUCCGGGCGGCUCGUGGAGCCGUCAAUGGGCUGGCACCGUCCGUGCACAGCAAUCGGCCACCGAUCAUGCCACUGUCACCCCGACGGUUGACCGGGUUCGCCCAUGACAUCGCCCGGGGGAUGGAGUACAUCUCGGAGAAGAAGAUCGUUCACCGGGAUUUGGCGGCCCGGAACGUGCUUCUGGACCACAACGGUAUCUGCAAGAUCUGCGACUUUGGUAUGUCGGUUGACCUGGAGAAGGCCAAGUCCGGGCACGCUCAGAUCCGGCUUCCGAGGCACCCGAACCAGAGCGAGUCGCGGUUCAAGUUUGACCUGACCGCACGAUCGUUCGGGAUCGGUCGGGCGCAGCACCACGGACACCACCACGACACCCACGGGGGUCGGCACGGGGGCAGCGGGGGCCACAGCGGCCACAGUCACGGGCACGACACCAAGAGCCGGCCGGCGCUCCCGAUCCGCUGGAUGGCCCCGGAAGCGCUCCAGUACCACAUCUUCUCCCGCGAGACCGACGUGUGGGCCUUCGGAAUCGUCCUGUGGGAGAUCGCCACACUGGGUUGCACUCCGUACCCGAAUCUGUCCGGACGGGAGGUGGUACGCAGCGUACCGAACGGCGCCCGGCCGGAAGUGCCCGUCGAUUGCCGGGCGGAGCUUUACGACCUGAUGCAGCGCACGUGGCGUAAGGAUCCCCGGCAACGACCCACCUUCACCGAGGCCCGUACCUGCCUGGCACGGACGCUAUGCCAGUGGCAGCUAGAGGAUAACGACACCUCGAACACUUCCGAGUACCUCGACGUGAGCGGCUUCAGCGAGGACCUGGAGCAGGGCAUGGUGUACUUCAACCGGCGGAUAUCGGAGUUUGAGUGUGAAAUCUAGGCCCACCCGUGGCUGCUGAUAAUGUACAUACUUUAGCGCUCUCUCUCUCUCCCUCUCUCUACUUCCGUUCCGUUUUGCGUUUCGUUGUCAUUCAGUCGUCCACCAAAUCUUUCACCGCUAUGCUCGGUAGCCUUAAAGUAAAUCUUGAUCGUCCUAUGCGACCGCACCGAUAGCAGCACCAAUUACACACCAUCGGAAAGGAAAGAAGAACGCCGCCGAAGGACGGCAGCAACUAGCGCAAGUGAUAGCAAAGCAAUUAGCGCACCGAUCACCGAAUCACCCUGGUUUGGGUUUGUGUUUUCUCGCCCCUCAUUACUGAUCAUUGUGUACAUUGGGAGCAAAAGUGUAGCAUAGACAAAAGCAUAGGUGAUUCCACAGUAGGACCAUAAGUGACCUUCCCCCCUCCCAUCCCCCGCUAGCUGUUAGGAUUAUUUUAUUAUUAUUUUUACAUUCGUUUGCGUUGCGUCCGGGGCAUCGCGGCGCGUGCCGCAGGGUGCCGCAACAGCCGUUUACAAAACAGAAAUAAAAACAAGAAUUUUUGAU